AUGGCCGGCCCUACGAGCAAUGGAGGCGCGCCCCGGGCCGGGGCGGCACCUCUGCCGCACAUCGACGACAUCACGGCUGCCCCCAAGGAUAUCGACCCGAACCAGAGCUUGAAGCGUCUUCUCGAACUUUCCGAGACGUCGCUGCGCUCCGCCGAGAUGAGCCGCGAGCUUGGCAGACCCGCCAAUGCACUCAAGGACUACAUCCGGGCUUCUAUCAUCGCCGUCCGCGUCAUCCAGCACCACAAAGACUACCCUACCAUGCAGAGCAACCGCGGGAAUGAGCUGUACAAGAAGCACAACGCUCUGCUGAAGCAGAUCCACAGCCUCUACGACGCCUACGACAAGGUCAAGGCAGAUAUCCGCCAGGACAACAAGAGGACAGGUGUCAUGCCCCUCCUGACAUCCUCCAGGCCGAGCUCGUCUCACGGCUCUGCAAGCGAACCGCAUGCUGUCUCGCUUCCUUCUAUCCAGUCCAACGGAACGACGUCGCCGCCUCCUCCAACGAACGGGGCAUCGACCAAUGGAGCCCCGGCCAAAGCGAAACCUACGCCUCGUCCCAAACCCCCCUCGCUCCACGGAAACACUCUGAAAGCCGCCCAUGGGCGCUCACAAUCGACGACGAGCGUGGCAAACGACCUCCUCGCCGCCCGGUUUGCCUCGUUGCGGGGGCCCCAGGCAUACCCGGGACAGGAUCCCCGCAUAAAGACACAUCCCUUUGGGGCGCCCGGGAAGCCAGCGGGGCCACGAGCCAUGCCUACGAGCAACCCGAAGCCAAAGGUGGAGAUCGACACUGCAACGCCCUCGCUGCCGAAGCUACCGGAGGCCAUCUACAGUCCUGCUCGGGGUAACAUGUCGGAAGAGUCGGUCAGGUUACCUACCAGCACACCGCGGGGCCCCUUUACGCGGACAGGUUCGUCCGCUUCGAUCGCAGGCAGCCCCAGCGCGUCCUCGCAGCCUUCGCGUAAGGACUACUUCACCCCCAUCCCCACCAGCUCCAUGAGCGGAGGCCCCUCAUCCUUAGGGGGGCCAUCGACGGACCAGUCGUCGAUUGUCUCAUCGCCAAAGGUAUCCAUGGACCUCUCAUCACGAGAAGUCAUUGAAGCCGAAGAGCUCUACCGCACCAUGAAAGACAACAGUGCCGUCCUCGUCAUAGACAUCCGACCCCGAGAGGAGUUUGACGAAGGUCACAUCAUGUCCUCGUCAGUUAUAUGCAUCGAGCCGAGCAUCCUUGCACGGGAAGACUUGUCGGCCGACAGCAUCGCCGAGAGCCUCAUCAUUUCGCCAGACCCGGAGUCUUCGCUCUUUGAGAAGCGCAACGAUUACGAUCUCGUUGUCAUGUACGAUCAAGACUCAGAGGAGAUUCCCCGAUUCCCUCGGAGCCAGGACGACCUGGCCAUCUCCUCGCUCCACAGGGCGCUGCUGCACCUCAACUACGGGCGGGAGCUGAAGCAGCCGCCGCGACUGCUCAGGGGCGGAAUCGACGCCUGGGUGGACCUCAUGGGUCCCGGGUCGUUGCAGGCCACGUCGGCCGCCACGUCCAGGACGGCUCAGCUCCGUCGUAGCGCUGCCGUGGGCCGUAGGAAGUCCAAGUAUCGCGUGACGCCCAUGAAGGUAGACGACAUCAGGGCGUGGCAGGAGACGGUCAGGAACGACAUGGAGAAUGCCGAAUCACCUAGCCUCUACCGUAGCACCGAGGACUUUGUCCGCAGGUUUCCUGCGGUGCCCGUAGAACCAGAGAUCAUGACAUCCUCUUCGCCGUUGAUACCAACGCGGCCACCACCCAGACCGCCCAAGGAGCCAGCGGAAUACCGUCCUCCGGUGCCGUCACCUGUCCCGACCCUGGAUCGACAGCAGCAGCAUCAGCAUGUCGUGGGGGAUCUUCCCGCCCCACUGGAAAGGCCCGCGCCGGCCGUGUCACGCCCAAGCCACAGCGGCAUGACCAUUGGGGCUGGCGACCAAGGCGGCGGAGGGUAUGGCGAUGCGAACAGCGCAUUAACGUCAUCCCAGCAGAACGCAGGUCGCGGACCCAAGCCCGCAGAUUAUCAGCAACCGCUGGCGUCGGACGUGGCGAUAUACUACACCGGGCUCAACAACCCGCAUCAGUGGUGCUACGCCAACAGCAUACUGCAGUCGCUGCUGGCGUGCGAGUUUGGCAAGGAACUGACCGACCCGGCUUGGAAGAAGAGGUACACGGUGCCCAAGCGGGCCAACGAGACGAUUGAGCAGCCGCAGCUCAUGAUGCAGAUCCUGUCGAACCUGUUCCACUGGAUGUCGACGGGCAAGUUUGAGGUGAUGAAGGCAUCCACGUUGAUGAACUACGCCUAUCACAUAAGCGUACAGACCAAGGCGGUGGAGAAGUUCGGCGACAACUGCCAGCACGACGCCCAGGAGUUCAUGACGUUCCUCCUGACGCACCUGGACGACGAGACCAACGUGCAGCGCAACCAGCCGGGCUACCCGUCGCAGCCCGACACGUCGUCCCAGUCUGUGCUCUCUGCGUCGAUGGAGUUCUGGCGCAACCACAGCCGGCACCACCAGUCCAUGGUGGACCGGUACUGGCGUCUCAUCGAGCUGGGCAUAACCGAGUGCCACCACUGCGGCAACGAGUCGUACAACUUUCGCACCGUCGACAUGAUCACCCCGUCGAUAGGCGACGCCGACGCCUCGCUCGAGAGGGCCCUGGCCGACCACGUCGGCGGCAACAUACUGGACGACUACUUCUGCGACCGGUGCAAGGGCCACAAGCGCGCCACCACCCGCCUCGCCUACCCCCGCAUGCCGUCCCUCCUGUGCGUCGGCUUCAACCGGUUCGGCUACGACGUGGGUGGCUCCACCAAGUCCACCGCUCGUAUAACAUGGGACCUCAACCAUCUAGACAUGUCGCGAUACUUUCUCCGUCCGGAUCCUUGCCCCUCCUCCUCAUCUACUUCCACCUCUCCCUCUCCUCCUAACCCUCCCCCAUCUUCAUCUUCCUCUUCUUCUUCACAUCCCCAACAGCAACAACAACAGCAACAACCAACAGAUAAAGCAUUUUCAGGCCGUUUCGCAUACGAGUGCUUCGCAGUGGUGGAACACACGGGCACGACGGCCAACUCGGGCCACUACACGGCCUACGUCCGCGAUCCGAGGACACACGACCCGUCCGCAUGGUUAUACUGCGACGACUCCAGGGUCACAAAGGUCAGGAUGGACAAUCAUCACGAUAGGCAGAAGCUCUUUAAGGAUAGGGAUCGCGUGCCGUAUCUGGCAUUUUUCAGGAGGAAAUAUGGAUCUUAA